AUGCGACCUGACGAACAUAAAUCAAAGGAAUCAAAAAGAUACCAAGCUAAGAAAUUAAAGCAAGGAGAUGCCACUGCAGCAGAGAUUGCCGGUGCCCGUAAGAUAGCUGCAGCUAAAUCACGCGAUAAAGGAACCGGAAUUGCAGCAAUCCGUAGACGAAAUGGAGAAGCAUUACCACAAUCUCAGAUCGAUGAGCAACGAGAAAGGUCUAUUUUGUUUGCACGUCGAAAACUUGGAACGAAUGCGGAUCGUUACAAAGAAGUAUCAGCCGAAGAUGAGAUUACACAGGACGCAGAGCUUGGUAUUGAUCGUGAGACGACCGAACUUGUUGGGCUGCUUGAAGAGACAGACGAUACGGCAGCAGGCGCAUCUUAUUUCAAAUUCAAAGAAGAGCAAGUGUGGGAUACACAAACAACAGAAGAGCAAGAAGAAGUAUAUCGUACAAUGAUGCAAGUUGAUUUUGAUUCGUUUGAAGGGAUACUUCAACAAACAGACACAAGAACUUUACUGGGAUUAUCUGAAAAGGACAUUGGUCUGGUUGAUUGUGUGUUUGAACAAGAACCCAUUACUGUCACAAAACCAAUUGUUCCUGCGGUUACAAAAAAUUCAAAGGGGCUAGUUCUUUUCAAGUCCUUGAUUAUUACGGAGCCAAAGAAGGAAGUAGAUGGGAUUUAUUUGCGAAAUGACGGAUCUAAUCAUCGAUCGGCUACAAACAAUCCAAAAGCAGCUUUGGUGGAUAGCACAAAAGACACAGAGGAUCUCGAUGAAUUACUGGCGUUGGAUACACCCAAAGUGACAGAAAAUCAUUACCCUCCAAGAGGCUUUUCCCACACAACAAAGGAACCCCAAGCAACAAGACCAAGUGUCCCAAAGCCCACUUCUAAAAAAGGGUUCGUCUUACCUAAACCCGGAGCCACGCGGAUGUCGAAAAUGGCUGCCCAGACCACAGAACCAACAGAAGAUGAGGCCUGGUUAGAUGAUAUUCUUGGAUAA